AAGAAAAAAAGUAUUGAGACGGUUUUGACUAUGGAAAACUGCCAGUAGCAGCUUUUAAACCAUUUCUUGAUUGUCAAUUGAUUUUUUAUUUUUAUUUUUUAAGAAGAUUGAUUGUCAAUUACAUUGCAAGGGAAACCCAAAAGUUCUCAGGGUGUUUCAACUCAGAGGCUGGAGGUUACUGCAAAUACUUGCCAAUCAUUUCCAUUUCUUGGCGUUGCAUUGAUAGAACACAAGAACAAAGAGUCAUACUUCACCAUACAGAACAAAGUCAGAUUUUUAGUAUGUUUUUUGAUGUGGAGCUUGCACCCUGAUGUCAAAUUACUCUAAACUCUGGCAUUUAUGCAUCAAGCUGUGCAAGAUGAGGGAGAUCCAACUUGGUUCACAUACUGUGAGGUCCCAUGGAAUCACUGUUGCAAGGACUCACAUGCAUGAUUGGCUUAUACUCAUGCUUCUUGUUAUGUUAGAUGUCAUCCUAUAUGUUAUUCAUCCAUUUUAUCGGUAUGUUGGGAAGGAUAUGAUGACAGAUCUUAGGUAUCCAAUGAAAAGUAAUACAGUGCCAUUUUGGGCUGUUCCAUUAUAUAGCAUUCUUUUGCCCAUGGUGAUUUUCCUCAUUAUCUAUUUUCGUAGGAGAGACAUCUAUGAUCUCCAUCAUGCUAUACUAGGCCUCUUAUACUCCAUUCUAGUGACAGCUGUAAUUACUGAUUCGAUUAAAAACGCAGUCGGUCGGCCUAGACCUGAUUUCUUUUGGCGCUGUUUUCCUGAUGGAAAGGAUGUUUAUGAUCAAUUGGGAAAUGUUAUAUGUCAUGGUGAUAAAAGUGUUAUAAAGGAAGGGCACAAGAGUUUUCCAAGUGGGCAUACUUCAGGGUCCUUUGCUGGUCUGGGUUUUCUGUCACUGUAUUUAUCUGGAAAAAUAAAAGUAUUUGAUCGCAGAGGCCAUGUUGCAAAACUUUGCAUUGUCUUUCUUCCUCUACUAGUUGCUUGUCUUGUUGGAAUCUCUAGAGUUGAUGACUACUGGCAUCAUUGGCAGGAUGUCUUUGCUGGAGGUCUCCUGGGGCUUGUAGUUGCUACUUUUUGUUAUUUGCAAUUCUUUCCUCCACCAUAUCAUCCUCAAGGUUGGGGGCCUUAUGCUUACUUUCGGGUAUUGGAGGAGUCCCGUGGAAGUACACAAGCAUCCAGUGCCAUAAACCUGCUAAAUUCAGAGAUAAGGGAGGCUCAAGUUGAAAAUGAAGAUGACAGUAAUGGAUUUUUGGGGCUACAUUUGGCUGAUGCCUCUAGUUUUCCAAUGGGAAAGGAAGACAUAGAACGUGGAAGGAGGUGAUUUUCAGUAGUCAUCUAAAAGCGCAGGGUAUAAUGUGGUGUUAGACUCUUGUCAUUGACCAGAAGAAGAAGAAGAAGAAGAAGGUAGUUAUCUUUCAUUGCAAUACCACUGAUCUGCAGAAUGCUUGUCCAUUUUAGCUACUGAAAGUUAUCUCCAAGAAAUCUUUUCUGAUAAAAGUAAGGAACAACUCCCACAUAUUUGGCACACCAAAACUGAAGUUGCUGUCCUUGCAUCAUUCUAUUUUGAUUAUAUUUUGCAAGAGAGAAUUCGAUGAAUGAUUAAUAGUAAGAUAUUAUUUUAGUAAACUUAUACUGAUGGCUGUACGAAUCAUGUAAUGAUAAAUUCGUCAGAAUGAGAAAAAAAAAGUCAGAAAAUGUGAUGUAAUAUUUUGUAAACCAUGCAUGUAUAGGGUUAACAUGCCAAGGAUUCCUGGGACGAAUGAGGAUUGCAAAGUGUUAGACUAAUGGAGGACUGAUUUUAUUUUUUUUCCCUUUUCGUCAGAUCACAGAUGUGUAAAUGGAUUUGCUAAACUAUUUAUCCAAAUGUUAUUUUAGUAAAGACAAAUAUGAGUAUUUUGUUUCA